UUGAGAUAGAAAGUCCUUCUCCCUAAUCACGAUGUCUCUGAACUUCUUCCAUAAAAAACCACCAACUCUCCAGAAACACCCCCGAACUCCCUUCCUUGCAGACCAUAUCCAACAUGCUGCGAGAUUUCCGCGCACUGAAUCUGCUGAUACUCACCUUCAGUGCCGUUUAUGUCGUCGCUAUCGGCCUCUUCACGAUCAGUCUAUUGAACUGCCGACCCCAAAAAACCCAUCAGCCCACAGAAUGUCGCAACCUUAUCCAGGGCUAUCGCUUCCGAGCACGCAAGAACUACCUCUCGCCACACCGCGCGCGAAUUCGGCCAAACUCCCGACUAGCCUUCGUCUUUGGGAUUGAAAACGCCUUUACCACCACAGACGAAGAGUACGCGACUCAUUUUGCCAGAAACGCAAGGCAUCUGAUCAACCUCAAAGCACAAGUCUGGGAACGACUGGCCAAAAGGCUCCAAUCCUCAGCUAACGAGCUUAUCAGCACAGCGCACCGUCUCCACCUCGCCGACGUAGUCCAGUCCCUCUCACUCCGGAUUAUCCUGACCACACUGCUCAACGCGGAGCUAGACACUCUCCCCGACACCGACAAGCACAUGGUCUCCCUAGCGCAGGCCAUCAACCGCGCCUGGGUAUCCUCCAAGAACGACGUCGACCUCAUCGAAUUCGCCCAUAACCCCGACCUCCAAGCACCCCUCUCCGCCCUUUUCCCCACCUUUGAAAGGACCAACCCUCGUGAUAACCCACUAUGCUGGAUCCUCCCCGGCUUCGGGAUAAGUUGGCGUAUCAACCUGCGCAUGGUCCCGGAACUCCUGCUCAACACGGGCCAGACUCAUCCCGACUGGACGGCCACGAUGAUUGCUUUCGCAGAAAACCCAACGAAGACACAGUUCGAAGCCCCGGGAGCAGACGACAUCUCCGCCAAGGAUCUAGUGGCGGGAGGAUUGCGACUGUACCCCCCGACCAAGCGGAUCUACCGCGCGUUCGAAUAGGAGGAGAACGGUGCGAGACACUCGGAAACCUUCGCCGCGGACGUAGAGGCCUGUCAUCUGUCGGUGGAGUCUGGGGACAAGAUGCGCUAAGGUACAAUCCGCUGCGCUGGCGGGCUGUCACGGGUGUGCAGAAGCAGGCGUACUUGCCUUUUGGCGGUGCGCCGUUUGAGUGUCCCGCUAAGGCGGUCUUUGGGCCUAGGAUGA